GUUCUGCCCUGUGGAAUCGGAGCCGAUAAACGAGGCCGCGACACAAAACGAUCCGCCAUUUUUGAUUUUGCCAAAUAAGAGUCGAGUUUUUGGUUAGAAAGCAGAAAGAGGAAAACGAAGAAAGACGAAGAAGAAGAAUGCAUAGCGCGAAAGGAUUGCUGGCGAGAAUCGUUCGAAACAAGAUAUGGAGAUUUGGUUAUCGGAGGAGCUUCUGCUUGCUUAAGGUCACCACCGAGGAUCUUGAUAACCAGGUUCUCUUUGAAGGAAGCGGUUGUUCCCGCACUGCGAUUCUCAAUCGACCAUCUGCUCUCAAUGCGCUCACCACUCACAUGGGAGUCAGGUUGCAUAAGCUUUAUAAGAAUUGGGAAGAGGAUCCAAAUAUCGGGUUCGUGAUGAUGAAGGGGAGUGGAAGGGCAUUUUGUGCUGGUGGCGAUAUUGUCUCUCUCUAUCAUUUAAGAAAGAGAGGUAGCCCAGAUGCUAUGAGGGAGUUUUUCUGGACUUUGUAUAGUUUUAUAUACUUUCUAGGGACAUAUCUAAAGCCACAUGUGGCAAUUCUUAAUGGUGUUACCAUGGGAGGCGGAGCUGGAGUUUCGAUACCUGGGACGUUCCGUGUAGCUACUGAUAGAACUAUUUUUGCUACCCCUGAAACAAUCAUUGGGUUUCAUCCUGAUGCUGGCGCUUCUUUUAAUCUCUCCCACUUACCUGGUCGCUUAGGGGAGUAUCUGGGUCUGACUGGGUUGAAGCUCAGUGGAGCAGAAAUGCUGGCAUGUGGUCUUGCGACACAUUAUAUUAGUAGUAAGGAGGUUCCUGUAUUGGAAGAACAGCUGAAGAAGCUUCUGACUGAUGAUCCCUCUGUUGUUGAAGCAUCCUUAGAAAAAUGUGCAGAAGUUGCCUAUCCAGAAAAGACUGGUGUUCUUCGCAGGAUCGAUUUACUUGAAAAGUGCUUCGGUCAUGACACAGUGGAAGAAAUUGUUGAUUCUUUGGAAAUCGAGGCUGGUAGAACAAAAGACAUAUGGUGCACGACGACUCUACGUAGACUUAAAGAAACCUCGCCAUUGUCCUUGAAGGUCGCGUUGAGAUCUAUCCGAGAAGGAAGAUUUCAAACACUUGAUCAAUGCUUAAUUCGAGAGUACAAAAUGUCGCUACAAGGAACAGUCGGAGUUUUUUCCGGCAACUUCUGUGAGGGAGUACGAGCUCGAUUGGUAGACAAGGACGAAGCACCAAAGUGGGAUCCACCAAGCUUGGAGAAAGUUACAGAGGACAUGGUUGAUAAUUACUUCUCUCCCUUGACUCCUUCUGAACCUGAUCUUGACCUUCCCAUCAAACUCAGAGAGAGCAUCUAGUUAAAUUCAGAUUUGCUGCCAGAAAAACACCACUUCUCAUGUUUCAAGACAAUGAAAGAGGGGAUUUUUGGCCAAGAAGAUAUUCUAGUAGGAUAAUUUUUUGAAAUAAAAUAUAGGGGUUGUAUGAAUUCAUUUCAUGGACAGCUUACGAUUUACUCAUGCCGCGGGAGAAAUAAGAGCGGACUAAUAACACGAUUAAGCAUAGACAAACAUUCUUUAAUUUUAAAGGAAAUGAGCUAGAUGUAUGUAUGUAUAUGUAUUAUUGUAUUCAGCAAUAAGAACGGAUUAGUGCAAAUUUCCCAUAUCCUAUGCCGUCAACUUGAUCCAUAUCGAUUUAGU